AUGGACAUAGAAAACGUAGUCAAAGUACAUGAUCCAACUGCUGCUUUUCAAAUCAUUCGUAGACUGCGUGGAAAUGGACAAGGUAUAAAGCACAUACCAGUCCAGAACAAGAACCACUUAAUAUUAACUAACAGUAAAGAUCAAUUGAACAGAUGGAAAGAGUAUUUUGAUAAAAUGCUCAAUGUUGAUACAACAAUAAACGAACAAGUUUUACAACAAAUUCCAAGUCCUACCUUUGAUGAUGAUGAACUUUCUAGACAGGAUGCUGUACCAACUCUUGAUGAGGUUGUAAAGACGAUUGGACAAAUUAGGAAUAAAAAAGCUCCUGGAAAAGACGAUGUACCAGCGGAACUCCUAAAAGCGGGUGGUCAUUAUAUCGCUGAAUGGUUGCAUGAAAUCAUUCGCGAUGUAUGGGAACAGGAGGUUGUAGAUAAGAACGGCUUCACUUUAACUAACAGUAAAGAUCAAUUGAAUCGAUGGAAAGAAUAUUUUGAUGAAAUGCUCAACGUUGAUACAACAGUAAGCGAAGAAGUUUUACAACAAAUUCCAAGUCCUACAGUUGAUGAUAAAGAGCUUUCUCGACAGGAUGCUGUACCAACUCUUGAUGAGAUUGUAAAGGCGAUUGGACAAAUUAAAAAUAAAAAAGCUCCGGGAAAAGACGAUAUACCAGCGGAACUCCUAAAAGAGGGCGGUCAUUAUGUCGCUGAAUGGUUACAUGAAAUUAUUCGCGAUGUAUGGGAACAGGAGGUUAUGGAUGUCAAAUUAUCAUACCGUCUUGGUGAUUUCUGGCUCUCUGGUAAAGGAAAUGGUAGUCAUCAUGUACAUCUAUUGACUUUAAUGUAUGCAGAUGAUAUUGUUGUCAUGUGUGACAAUCCGAAAAAUCUAAAUAGAACAUUUUAUAAAAGUGUUCGAAAGAGUCACUAA